UAAAUCAUGGCCAUUCGUUAUUCUUCUGUCAAUUCCUCAUCGCUCUCUACUGGUGCUCCUACUACAUCCCACUUCCCAGGUGAUAUCCGUGUCCCACAUGUUCUAAUUAUUCGACGAAGCUUUCGCCGACAUUGCGCUGAGUAUCGGUUCUAUUUCCGGAAAUACAGCUGCUCAGCAUCCGAACGGAAAUGUGUUGCUUUUUGGUGAGCUUUCCGUCUUUCCCAGCUUUGUAAUGCUGACCGUCAAUUGAUGGGUUCGAUAUAGUAACAGUUGCAGAGCAGAGGUUACCGAGAGAGAUCGCUACUGAUCUUUACUUCAGAAUCGGAGCUUUUCGUAGUUCGGUUCUCUGCAAUAUGACAGUUACUGGACUCUCUGGUUCCAUUACUUGUAAUAUUAGCAUUAACAGAUGCGGGAGCAGAUCAAUUAAGAACGGAGCAUACAAAUUUGGGUCCAAUACCUCAAAAAAAGGUCGUUAUGAUCGUUGCUUUGCCCCGUGUGAUCCUAGAGGAUUGAGCUUCAACAAUGUUGCUAGGCGUUGUGGAUUGAUAAGCGAGCAACAAACUUCGGAUUAUGAACUGAGUUCUUCUAGUGUGGAGGAUAGCGUAGCAUCGAAAAAUGGGGCCUUACUGAGCGAGAAAAUCUUUGAGAUUGCUGGCACGCCUACACGCAGUCAAUCACCUUCGUCAAAUGUCCAAACUGAGCUUAUAAUGCUUUCUUUACCGGCAAUUGCUGGACAAGCAAUUGAGCCCUUGGCACAACUGAUGGAAACUGCCUACAUUGGAAGACUGGGGCCCUUGGAGAUGGCAUCAGCUGGUCUUUCUAUGUCAAUUUUCAACAUCAUAUCGAAAGUUUUCAAUAUCCCUCUUCUCAGUGUGGCAACAUCCUUUGUGGCCGAAGACAUAUCACAGAAUGCAACCAAGGGAUCCAACUCAGGUACUGAUGGAAUGAGUGAAAGAAAGCAACUGCCCUCUGUCUCUACUGCAUUGCUUUUAGCAGUUGUUAUUGGUACCUUUGAGGCUUUGGCAAUGUACCUUGGGUCUGGAGUAUUUCUGAGCAUGAUGGGCAUUUCAUCUGCUUCAUCAAUGCGCAUUCCAGCAGAACAAUUUCUUUCUCUGAGAGCAAUUGGUGCCCCUGCAGUUGUUGUUUCUCUGGCAAUUCAAGGCAUUUUCCGUGGAUUUAAGGAUACAAAAACCCCUGUAUUAUGUCUAGGAUUGGGAAAUUUGUCGGCUGUUUUCUUAUUUCCUUUUCUUAUGUAUUUUCUCCGCUUGGGUGUAGUUGGUGCUGCCAUUUCCACUGUUGUCUCUCAGUACAUUGUCACAUUUUUUAUGAUCUGGUUUCUUAACAAGAGGACUGUAUUAUCACUUCCUAGUAUGAGAAGUUUGCAUUUCGGUGGUUACCUAAGAUCGGGUGAGUGUUUCCUGCUGAGAGAGCUGGUACUGGUCCACAGGGUGAUGUUGCAGUCUAUAUUAUCAGGCGGUUUUCUUCUUGGGAGAACCCUAGCUGCUGUUUUGACCAUAACUUUGAGCACAUCAAUGGCUGCUCGUCUAGGACCAUUAUCUAUGGCAGCUCAUCAGAUAUGCUUGCAAGUAUGGUUAUCUGUAUCUCUCCUGGCUGAUGCGCAAGCUUCAUCUGGUCAGGCUCUCAUUGCAAGUUCUUUUGCUAGAGGUGACUUCAGCACUGUGAAAGAAAUUGCUUACUUUGCACUGAAGACAGGGUUAUUCACUGGCGUUUCCUUAGCCAUCAUAUUGGGUGUGUCUUUUGGUUCUUUGGCUACGUUGUUCACUAACGAUUCCGAAGUAUUAGAAAUUGUUAGAUCUGGCUUGCUGUUUGUAAGUGCCAGCCAACCUCUCAACGCUUUGGCUUACAUAUUUGAUGGUCUCCAUUAUGGCAUUUCAGAUUUUUCAUAUGCUGCUUGCUCUAUGAUGGUUGUAGGAGCAAUUUCCUGCGCAUUUUUGCUCUACGCUCCUUCUAUGAUUGGUCUCUCAGGAGUUUGGCUCGGCUUAGUUCUUUUCAUGGGCCUGAGAACAGUGGCUGGAUACGUGAGAUUAUUAUCAAAAAAUGGUCCGUGGUGGUUCUUGCAGCAGGACGUCCAAAAAUUUGAGAUUGCCACUUGAGCUGAGGACCGUGCGGGCAUACAUGCUAUAGUAGAUGUUUGGGAUGUAUACUCUUCUUUUCUUUUCUUUCCUUCUUUUACCCAGAUUGAAGGUUAAUAUGGUUGCCGAUGCCCACUUGAUGUUUGGGCGGGCACUCAGCUCUGCAAAUAGUUCAUUUUUCUUGCUACUUUCAUUUGAAUUGGUCUUUAAAUGUAUGCCACUCGAUCAUAGAUCACAAGGGAUAAAAUAUGUUGUAUGGGUUGCUUUCAA